AUGAACGCAAGUUUGCUCGUGUUUGUUAUCCUUGGCGUGACUGUGGCUAACGCUGUGGUGAGGUACUCGGUUCACAGUACCACCGUUAGCUUCUUCAAAGCCUUGACGGAAUGCAGCUCAAAGGGUGGAUAUUUGGCCAUGAUCCAAUCGAAAGACGAGAACGACGAGGUUAAGAAGGCAAUCAAAAAAGCUGGAGGAACCGGUGCUCACUGGCUUGGCGGUACGGACAACGGCAUCGAGGGCGCGUGGAUUUGGAUCUCGAGAAACAAACCAGUGGGAAGCCUCGACGGGUAUACCAACUUCAACAGCGGUGAACCGAACAACGCCGGAUCGAAUGGUGAAAACUGCCUCUCGAUAGAUUCAAAUUUCGUUUGGAAUGAUCUUCCAUGUGAUCUGACCCUACCCUACGUUUGUGAAUAUGAUUUAUUGUAG